ACCCUUUCUCGCAGCUCUGUUGUCCCCCUCCUAACUCCCGCACUACACCAACUUCUCAACAGCCCGCGCAGCGGCAGAAACAAUUCCUCACAAACCAAUAUCUGCCGCUCCGGGCCCCUCGGAAUGUCAUUCUCUUUCGUCAACUCGCGCAUCUUCCCGCGAUCGCGGAGUCUGGCCAACCUCAGCGCUUCCUUCUCCGCACGCGCUCCCCCAUAUACUCACGCAGCUGGCGCACGCACAGAGGCUGUGUUGAAUGAGGUCCCGGAUGACAGUAUCACCGCGCUGCCGCCACAUCCAAUGGUUGGUCAGAGCGGGGAGCAGAGGGUGAAGAGUGAGCGGGAUGGCUCGGAAAGGCAGGAGAAGAAGAAGUUGACGAAGGAGAAUAAAGAGGGGAGGAAAGGUAAGAAGGACAGGAAGGAGAAGAGGGAGGGGGAGAGGAAGGACAAGAAAGAGAAGGAGAAGAAGAGCAAGGCCAAAGCCGCCCAUCCGUCGAAAUGGGCUCGGAUAAAAUCUUCUCUCAGCACUACCUGGAAGCGUCUUUCCGCGAGGAAGCCUGCUGCGGAGACCGGCGGACUGAUCAUCGGCGCUCCGACGGAUUUCGUGCACGUUGGGGGUAUUGAAACAUUGGCUGGGGGUGUGGUUGGAGGAGGUGGGGGAAUCGAGGAGAGGGAAAGUGAUUGGGAGGAUGUGAGUGAUGAGGAGUAG